AUGAACGCCCAGCAGCGCAUCGAGCGCCAGCUCGACGAGGUCCUCAAGAUGCCCGGAAAUGACCGUUGCGCUGAUUGCCGGGCCGCAGCGCCGCGCUGGGCUAGUGUCAACCUGGGCAUCUUCCUCUGCGUGACUUGUGCGAGCAUCCAUAGGAAGAUGGGCACCCACAAGUCUCGGGUUAAAUCCGUCACGUUAGACGAGUGGACGCGCGAGCAGGUCAUGGGAAUGAAGGAGAUGGGAAACACCAAGUCCAACGCCAUCUACAACCCUGACCCUCAAAGGCAUCCCCCGCCUGCGACCGUGAGCGACGAGCGCGACUCGGAAAUCCAAAAGUUCAUUCGACGCAAGUACGAGCUGGGUGCGUUCAAGGCGGGCGCGGGUCGCGACCUCGCGACCGCGAGUGUCAACAGUCGCACACAGGCACUCCAGGCUCGCGGUCUCGCACCGCCGCGGUCGUCGACCACACCACCACCCGACACUAGCCGAUAUCUUCCCGCCGUGCCGACUGGGCCCUCGCGUCGUCCGGCGCGCUCGAACAGUAGCGCGCCCGUUUGGGUGUCGCUCGGACAGAGCAACACGGGCUCGAGCAGUUCGUCGUCUUCCAACAGCCUAGCGCCGCCUGUCACGCCCGCGGCGCUCCCUACCCGCAGCGCAAGCCGCUCGUCUCCCAAUCAGGCGCCGGCGCUGCUCAAGACCAGCAGCCAGCCCCCGCAACAGCGCGAGCACGACCUCCUGGUUGACAUCGGCGGCUCGGCAUCGUCUACACGGCCCCUCCAGCUUGCAGGUUUCCCCACCAUCCCGGCCGCACCCUCCGUCAGCCCACUCCCGUCUCCCAGCGGCCCAGCUCUAUCGCCUCUCGCUCUCGGCCAGCAGGCGUUUUUCCAGCAAUUCUCGCCGACAGCGAACCCCACCAAUAACCCGUUCGGGGCGCAGUACGGCCAGACGUUGUCGCCCAUGGGUUCGACAUACACGCAGAACCCGAUGGGUGCCAACCAGGUCGGCAUGAACGGCUUUUCCGUGGGCAUGAUGGGCUCGAGCCCAAACGGCAUGUCCAUGGGAAUGAUGGGCUCGAGCCCCAACGGCAUGACCAUGCAGCAGGGCAUGAUGGGUUCGAGCCCCAACGGUAUGACCAUGCAGCAGGGCAUGAUGAUGAGCCCCACAGGCAUGGGUAUGAACGGAGCCGUGAUGGGUGGAGGAAUGGGCCGCGACAUGGGCGGUAUGGGCGGGGUGCAGAUGGCCCAGCCCGUCCAGUACCAGCAGCAGCAGCAGCAGCACUGGCAGUCGGGCUACAUGUAG